AAUGAUGGGCAGUCAGUUGUAUGUAGAAACUCGUUCGCAGCGGUUGCGGCGAUGCUAUAUUGAAUGUGAAUCAACUUAAAAGUGAACGAACCUUACCAAAAAAAAAGAACUUUUUAUUUUUUCACGUGCAUUAGUGUUAUAUUGUUUAUGCUUAGAGACCGUAUUUUUGCAGUUUUACCGGUUUUGAGGUGUCAUUAAGUGUUGUGUAAUAUUAUACCGGUUUUCUUAGUACCAAAUGACGUAACCCUACAAUGAAGGAGUCGGAUCUGAAGAUACCCACACGCAAUGUCCUCACGGGAGCCGUGGUCAACUGGGAGGACGACGAGCUGGCGGGCCUGGGGGACACUCCCGAGAACCUCACCCUGGCCUGGAAGGACCUCUCCGUGUACAGGAAGAAGAAAUACCAGACCAGUAUAUGGAGGUCACCGACUUAUGAGGAGGUGAAGGUUCUACAUGGAGUGAGCGGCGUGGUGUCGUCUGGCAACUUGGUGGCUCUAAUGGGUUCAAGUGGUGCUGGCAAAACUACACUGUUGGCAGCGAUCAGUCGACGGGACAAAAGCGCAAUGUCGGGUUAUCUGAUGCUGAAUGGACGAUUAGCGGGCGCCGAUCUGAUCGCGCGGAUAUCGGGCUUUCUGCCACAAGAGGACCUUUCUAUUGGAGACUUGACGGUUUCUGAACAUAUGGAGUUUAUGGCACGACUGAUGAUGGACAAAAGGGCGACUGCGAUAGUUCGCUCGAAACGGAUUCAACAACUGUUGGGUGACCUAGGCGUCGUGAGCUGCACGCAGACCAAACUGAAGGCGCUCUCAGGAGGAGAGAGGAAAAGGGUGGCGCUGGCAGUGCAGCUCCUCAACGACCCACCGAUUUUAUUCUGCGAUGAGCCCACAACGGGAUUGGACAGUUCAGCAGCAAGCGCGGUGGUUUCUAGACUGAGACGAUUGGCGAUUGGUGGAAAAUUAGUCAUCUGUUCAGUCCACCAACCAGCGUCCGGCGUCUUUGAACUAUUCCACCAAGUGGUGCUGUUGGCAAACGGACGGAUAGCUUUCCAUGGAACUAUCGAACAGGCUGACCAGUUUUUUGCAUCCCUCAACUACAAAUGUCCAGUGGGCUUCAACGCGGCGGAGUACUACGUCACUCUGCUCGGAGUAGACACAGAGAAUGAGAUGGAGAGCAGAGAGAGAAUCCGGCGCAUAUGCAACGAGUACCAGCGGUCGCAUGUCGCGGCCGCUAUUGACAGCAGAGUGGGAGACGUUAAAGACGAGAUGGAGUAUUUUAAUGGAGAUACAGAUGAAAAGAAUGUAUACUUCGAGCGCUAUUUAACACUAGUCAAAGUGAACUACUUCGUCCAAUUUUAUUGGCUUAUGUGGAGAAAUAUAUUAUCAAUAAAACAUAAUAAAUCAAUUUGGAUAGCUGAAUUUUUACUCCUAAUGUUCGUAGGUCUAGUGAUCUCGAUCCCCUACCACGGUCACUUCGAGGAGUUGGACCAACGUGACAUCCAGAACGCCGAAGGUCUGCUCUACCUGAUGAUAACGGAGACGAUAUUCCUCUUCAUCUACGCAGUGUUCAUCACCUUCCCCAGCGAAAUGCCUGUGCUGUUGCGAGAGACAGCGAGCGGGCUGUACUCACCAUUGCCUUACUAUUUGUCGAAAAUGAUAUUUUGGAUACCCCGGGCGGUGAUCGAGCCCAUUCUGUUCGUCACGCUGGUGUUCAACAUCGCCGGCCUGCAAGGUGGUUUCAUGAACUGGCUCGGCAUGUGCUUCGUCUGCAUACUCUGCGCCAACUUUGCCAACGCUUACGGUUCAUUCCUAUCAGCGGUAUUCGAUAAGAUGGAAACAGCGGCUCUCGUCUCCGUACCUUACGACUUAAUAGGCACCAUGUUCUCUGGCAUCUACCUCAACCUGGCCAGCGCUUCCCCAUACAUAUCCUGGCUUAAAUAUGUGUCGGGCUUCUACUACGGCGUCGAGACCAUAUCAAUCAUCCAAUGGGACUCCAUAAGCACCAUAAACUGCGUUAAUAUAAAGGGUAUGCCGUGUAUCAAAACUGGGGGGGAAGUACUCCGAAGGUUUGGAUAUGUGGAGGAACAUUUCUGGAGGAACUGCGCUUGUUUGAUGAUUAUGUACUCUGUGGCUCAUGUAAUAGCGUUCAUAAUGGUAGUGAAAAGGAGCAGGGGUACGCCGGUGUAUUAGGUUUUUUGAAUUGUAUAAGAUAAGUUCAUUGUGUUCAAAUAUUUAAGGCUCAAUACAAGUUAAGUCUGGACUCUAAUAUAAGAAGUCCUGCGUUUGAUUCCCGUCCCUUGAAUAUUGUUAUUCCCACUCGCGUGCCUUAUCGCUUAAUUGGACAUGAAAAGUUUUAUCACUUUAUGUGGGUGGGUAGUGCGUUCAUUAUCCCACUUCUGAUUUUAGCAGACUCUUACAGUGUAAGUAGUGUGUGUAGUGUCCAAUCCACAGGAGUGGAUUACAAAAAUAAGAAAACCAAUGUCAAACAAAGGUUAUGACUCACAACGUUAUGAUCAACAACUUAAUUAACAAAUCAAUCUGUAACCAAAAUAAGACCUAGACUGACUGACUAGAAUGGCAAAGAAUUACCUUGAAUGGAUUUACACACUAGUGAACGUUGUGUGUAGGUUUAAAGGAUCCUUUGACAGUUAACAAACACUCCUCUUUUUCACUUAAGUCACUCUCCCCGCCUAUUCCAAGUAAACUACCACCAGGAGCAUAAUGAAGUCGACCGGACGACGAGCGCCUAAUUUCGCAAGUCGUUCCCGCCAACUGAUUGUUACCGCUCUCUAUAUCCCUACUCUUUACGAAACUGUCGCGCCACCUAGCGUCGGCACGAGCCAACACGAAAUCAGGCGACGUCAUAUCCGUCCUAGACUAUUAUUUCCUACAAAAGAUAUACAAAAUGUCUGGUGUGAAUAUGAAAAAAAACAUCUAAAUAUCUCUUUGUCCCGUACACGAAACCUUACUUAAUAGUAGUGUAAGGUUGCUUAACCAGUACUGUAACCAUAGCACUGCGUUACGACUUUAGGUAACCUUUCUUACUUUACUUAAAUGCCAAUUUUUUCGUGUGUAGCUAGCCUAAUAACUAAAGUAUCAGUAAGCUGUAUAACGCCAAAUAAAGUAGGUACUUUUAAAUAAAGUAGGUACACCAUUGUACAGCUCUAAAUAAUACCUAAUACUUAAUUAAGUAAUUUGUUUUUUUUUAAUUAGGGUUAGAAGGUAAAGGUGAUUUUACCGAUUAUCAGUUUUUCAGCGCAUGUUGAAAGAAAUAGUUAUUGCUGUUUGUUGAUCAGACAGAACUCAGCACGUGUUUUAGGUAAUUAUGUUAAGUGUUAAGUAAGACAAUUUCUGUAUUUUUAUACAAAUAAAAUUAAGUUAAUUAAAAA